AUGAAAUUGAAUCAUCAUAGUAAGUCAUGCCAAAUAAUAAUAAAUAAAAAAAUAACAAACUUUCAAAAUUUAGAAACUCAAAGGACAGCUGACACAACUCCAGAUUUAUAAAACAAUGAUGAAAAGUCAAAAAUAAAUUAUUUUACAAAUAAAAUAUCUUCAGAUUGCAAAUUAGCAAGAGAACUUCAUGAAGCAUCUCUAUAAUCACAUUGGUACAUUGAAUAACCAAAAGAAAUUGUGGAUAAACGCAUAGUCAAAUUAAAAAAAUAACAGAAAAACCAUAAGGUUGUAGUAUUAGACCUUGAUGAAACAUUAAUUUAUCACAAAAAUGAUCAAAGCAUAAUAAGACCAUUUUGUAAAUAGUUUUUAGAUCGAUUAUCUAAGAUUUGCACAUUAGUAUUAUUUACUGCUGCAAAAAUAGAACACGCUACAAAUGUAAUAAAUUAUUUAAUUGUUUUUUAGAUGUUGAAACUAAUAGAUCCAAAUAAACAAUAUUUUAAAGCAGUUUGCACAAUCGAUAACAUGAUUGGAAAAGUUAAAGACUUAAGAAUAUUUUAGACUGAUCUCAAAGACAUUGUCAUUAUUGACAAUUCUCCAUAUAAUUUCAUGUAUUCUAAUAUAUAAUUAUAGAGCUUAGAUUAAUAAUGGACUACCUAUAUUACCAUUUGAAGGAUAAAAUGACGAUAACUAAUUAGAAGAAUUACUAUCAUAUUUAGAAGAUCUUCUUUUAGUUGACGAUGUUAGAAUUGAAUUAGCUAAAAAAUUCAAACUUUAACAAUUCUAUAAAGAACUCAAUGGAAGAUAAGCUAUUAAUAAGUUGUACUCAUGA